CCGCUCUUUCCUUCCCAGACUCUAUUUGAAUGUCCUCACUCUUCUUUUCACCCACACCCACACCCACACCCACACACUCACAUUCACUCACACACUCACGCACACUAUACGGAGUACAUAAUUCAUCCCAGUACUCCAUACGAACUUCAUACUCACACAACAUAUAUAUCCACUCCCGCAUAUAAUUGACUAUUACACAUACAUGGCACCUCUGAAAUCUCUCCAAAACACAACAGAACACACUGCAGGCACAGUCUUCUUCCACCCCCUGCUACGCGUACUGGCGCCCCGGCGUCUCGUGGAACACUAUCCCCAUCGUUGUCUCUCUGCUGCGCCGUCUUACCGUACAACUUCCACUAACGGUAUCACCCAUGUACGAGUACAUACGGAGUAUUAUCCAUCAAUUUCCCUUCUGAGAAAGUACCCAGAGAAGUCCUUGCCGUACAACUCUUUCUCUUCAGUAAUCCAUAAGCCCUCUUGUCUCCCUUCCGAGGCGGCAAGCGACCCAGAUGCUACCCACUACUACCCCGUACUGCUGCUUCUUCUUCUCCUCCUGUGUCUCAUCAUUCAUCAUCGUCUCCAUAACUAUCUUGCAAAAUGGGGCGUCCAUCAUGGAAAAGACGGAAUCGUUUGAUACAGGCAACAUCGCUUGGUGCAUUCUUGGAAGUCUCCGCCUCGAUCGGGCCAAGCUUUGCUAGCUUUUCUAAUUCCAACUUAAUUCCAACCUAAAGAUCAGACAAGCCUUCUCCAAC